AUGUCGUCGCGCUUGGGUUUCCGAUUCCUUAACAACACACGCUUUGCCUUCCGCAAUGGCUCUGGUCCUUUCCGCCGGCAGGCCGGCCAGGGCUUCCGCUUCCAGAGCUCCGAGGCCGGAGCUGGAGAGCAGCAGAGCACCUUCCAGCGCAUGUGGAACAGCCCUGUUGGUGUGAAGACUGUACACUUCUGGGCCCCUGUGAUGAAGUGGGCUCUGGUCAUCGCCGGUAUCUCCGACUUCCAGCGUCCCGCCGAGAAGCUCUCCCUUACCCAGAACGCGGCCCUGAUGGGUACCGGUGCCAUCUGGACUCGCUGGUGCUUGAUCAUCAAGCCCCGUAACGUCCUCCUUGCCGCCGUCAACUUCUUCCUCGGAUGCGUUGGUGUUGUUCAGGUCUCCCGUAUCUAUAUGUACCGCAAGAGCCUCGAGGAGUCCCCCGUGGAGGCCGCUAAGGAUCUCGAGAAGGAGGUUGUUGACUCUGCCAAGGGUGUUGUCACUGCUACCGAGGACGCCGUGAAGACUGCCGUUGAGAAGAAAUAG